AUGGACAAUGGACCUUGUGUUGUGGCAAGGGUACCUACCGGUAUUGCUGGCCCGCCAAGGCUAACGACCAACUCUGAAGUUGCAACGAUAACUUAUUUACAAUCCAAGAUCUCACUUCCGAUACCGAAAAUUCUCGACUGGAAUGAUAGUCCUUCCAAUCCAACUGGAACAGAAUAUAUUAUCCAGGAGCAUGUGGCGGGUGUUCAAUUACAUCAAGAGUGGCACAAAAUGAACCCGGAACAACAUAUGCUGUGCACCAAAGCGCUUUCAUUGACAAUGAAAAAGAUGGCUUCCCUAGACUUCCCGGCCUAUGGCAGUCUAUACUUCUCAGAUGCACCUCUAGACUCGGACUCAAAGAUUCCCUUCGAGCAGGGCUUCUGUGUGGGACCACAUUGCAGUCCGGUUUUCUGGAACCGAAAUCCGGGGGAAUAUGAACUCUGCCGUGGCCCAAGUCCCAAUUGCGGACCUUGGAGAGAUCUCACAAAUUAUUGUCGAGGUUUGAUAGAUACCGGUUUCUCUCGUUUGCCCAAAGAAGCCGUCAAUAGUCGCAAGCUUCUGCCAUAUCAAGGAUCAACCCAAGAUCACAUACGUCUAUUGAAAACAAGUCGAGACGUGCUGCAAAAGUUGAUUGAAGAUAAACGCAUUGAGGACGCUGCUACACCAGUUCUGCUUCACCCGGAUUUUCACAAAAGAAAUAUCUACGUCUCUGCCGAAGAACCAACCGUUAUUACUGGCCUGAUAGAUUGGCAAUCAACCAGCAUUGAGCCCGCGUUUAUUUAUGCCAACGAGACACCUGAUUUCGCUGCACUUCCAAGAGUCCCCGAGGAAGAUCCACUCGAGAACGAACAAAAUGAAACGGAAAUUUCUGGACCAAAGGUACGAGAAUUAAAAGAUGCAUCCAUCUGUUAUCAGACAUAUGAUGUGGUCAUGACCCUUGUUCCUAAGCUUCGUCCUGCAAGAUUACUUGAUCCGACUCUUUUUCGACUCUUCCACUACUCUUACACAACUUGGAGAGACUCCGCUGUCGCUGUCCGCCAAGAGUUAAUUGAGCUUUCAGCUCGCUGGGCGGAAUUGGGGCUAGAGGGCACAUGUCCAUAUUCUCCCACGGAAGCGGAAUUGAAACAGCAUGCUCGAGACUAUGAAGAUUUUGAGGCUGUUCAAGCACUUAAGUCUUGGUUAAGAGACAACCGUGAUACAAACUCUGAUGGGUGGAUCCCGAAUGAUGCAUGGGACGCUGCGAGGGUUGCUCAUCGCACAGCGUAUAAUGAAUGGAUACAGACUGCCAAAGAAGCCGAGUCCCGUGGCGAAGACAUGACAAUAGCAAAGGCGGACAAGAUGUGGCCAUUUGAUGCUAGGUAG